AUGUUAAUUAUUUGCGCAACUCAAAUCGAGGCUGUCGGUGUUCAGAACGAGACUGAGUUAGGCCCAGAAAGAAACAAGGAAGAAGCCAAGAUGGAGUUGUUGGCUACCUAUGGUGAUGAUGGAGAGAAAUCGGAAUCCCCAGGCCCCAGCAGCGACGUUGGUGAGAAGGAAUCACCACUGGUACCCUGCGAUGCUAGUCCUGUUGCUCGUGUACCAUCUUUCACUCCUUACUUACAAGCUGAGUGGGAGUCAUUUGAAAAACUGAUUGCUGGAGGAGGAGAGAGUCAAAAGGACAUGUCACACAAUGCACAGAUUUUUGCACCAAUUCCUCCUGUUGAUUUUUCUAAUGGUUCUAACACCAUCCAAGAAAUCCACCAAAGAGAAUCUGAUGAUAACACAAUGGUCAAUGAGAGUCACCUCCACAGUCACUCUCCUCCACAUGGAUCUUUGAGUAAUUCUGCUUCCCAUUCAACUAGUAGUUCUCGCUCAAGUUCAUUAGACAGACCAAUAGAUUCCAAAAAAAUUAUUGAGGAAGUUAUUAAUGUAUCACGGUCACCCAGUAAAUCUGAUGAACGCAGAUCCUGCAGUACUUCCCCCAUUGCUGUUAUCCGGGAAUCUCCUGACAGGAAUUCUGGGAGUGAUUCACCUGUGCACAGUUCUCCAAGCAGAUCUCGUAGUAAUUCUACAGGCAGAUAUUCACAGGACCGGUCCCCAGAUCAUCACCGACGUACUGCUAAGUCUAGAUCUCGAAGUCGGUCUCGAUCGCGAUCCCAUCGAAGAUCUCGUUCUCGUUCACGUAGCUCAAGGCACCGCAGAAGGAAGCAUAGUCACAAAUCAAGAUCACGGUCUCGUAGCCGUAGAUAUCGAAGAUCAAGGACUCCUCAUAAGAAGAACAAGCAUCGUCGAAGGAGCCGAUCUCGAGAUAGGCAUAGGUCUCGUGACUGCAGGAGGUCUCGUUCAAGAGACCGCUUUGGUCGGAAUAUGAGGGGAAGGGAAAGUUAUAGAGAGCGUAGUCCUACCUCUUUGCGUAGAAGAAGCCGUAGCCGUGACAGGAGUCGGGACAGAGAAAGUCAUCGUAAUGCCCAACGAGAUUAUAUCAGGAGAGAGUCUAGGGAUGGUGGCUCAAGCCGAAGCAAAGACAAGCCUUUAAAUUUCAAAGAGCAAAUGCGGCAAGAAUUGAUAAAAGCAAGCAAAAUGCUGUCUGAAUCAAAUGUUGGAAAUUUGACAGAAUUGAUGGAGGACAAAAAGAUACUGGAACCCUCUUCUGAUCAGCCUAACAACAUUACAUUAAACAGUGCAGUGCUUACUAAUUUGGCUGCUGCAACUCAAAAUUCUACAGUCACACCCCAAGUAGCUCUUCUUCAAACCAUGGCUGCCAUGCAUAAGAAGGCUCAAGAAAUGACUGGAAUUGCAGUUCCUAAAUAUUAUAAUCCAGCAGCAGUGAAUCCAUUGAAGUAUGCAGAACAAGUUCAAAAAAGGAAACUUUUAUGGUCAAGACCACCAAAAGAGAAAAAAGAUGGGGGUCCUGAAAACCAGUGGCAAGGGACUCACUUUUCAACUGACCAAGAUGGCAAGAUGGCUGCCAAAUUCCGUAAAUUGAUGGGAAUGAAAUCUGGAGAGGAAGAAGGUACAGAAAAGGCCGGUGAAGAACGCAAGAAGCAGCAGGAAGAAUUAUUUAGUCGUUUGGAUAAAGAAUAUGAAUUUGCUAGAAUGGCUACUCAUACUCACAGGGGAGUGGGGCUUGGUUUCCAAUCCCAGAACUUUUACCAACACUGA